CGAAGAAGAAGAAGCCCUCAAGACUUUUUCUUGGGCAACUUCUCGUGCUUUCCAUUCAUUUCAGCCCACGCGCCCGAUGAGACCCCACAGAAAGAAGCUGCCUGAACGUGAUGAAACAUUAAGGAAAUAUGAGGAGAGAAAUAGCAGCUGUGAUAUUUUUCCUGAAGAGGCUUGUGAACAAGGCGGAGAAGUUGGACCCGCACAAGAUUGAGCUGUUUGUCGAGAGGCUGGCCGUUGCACUGCAGGAGAAGUUCAAGGGCCACUGGUACCCUGACAACCCCAGCAAAGGACAGGCAUACAGGUGCAUUCGAGUGAACAGGUUUCACAGGCAGGAUCCAGAGCUCUUUCGGGCUUGCCAGGAGAGUGGGGUUCAGUACCGUGACCUGGGACUUCCCCGUGAACUUACAUUGUGGGUAGACCCUGGGGAGGUGUGUUGCAGGUAUGGAGAGCAGAAUCCUUUCUUCUCAGUGGCCAGUUUCUCUAGUGAUGAUGAAGAAGACAAAGAUGUGGCAAAGAAGGUGACCAGUGCUUUGGAGAGGGUGACGUCAGAUUAUCAUUCCGGUUCUUCGUCCGAUGAGGAGAGCACGCGCUCUUCCCCGCUUACUAUCCCCAACAGCCGCUGUGCUUACAAGGCGAUGAAUCCAGCUGCUCCAACAUGGAAUCCCAAUAGGAUGGUACCAGUGAAACAUCCUCACAUGGUCCCACAGCCUCACUACGGCUUCAGGCCUCACAGCAGACCCCCCCACCCUUUAAGGCAUAAUCAGUGGUUCCCUCCUACCUAUAGAGGAGGACCUGGAUACUGGAACACAAACCAAAAUCUGGCAUAUUGUUAUAGUUAGAAAUCAUGGUGCUUACUGUUCACACUGGACAUUAAAGCUGGAGAUAACUUUAAGAUAACCGACCAAUGUUAUUUUUAAACAUUUUUAUAGCUUAAAUAUUGAUUGUUUUUGACGAACACUUUUUUGCACUUUAGACCAUUUGUUAUAGUUUGAAUAAAUCACUUGUAUUAAAUUUAGAUAUUUAAAUUGGAAUACUACAUGUAAUUUUGAACUAAGUACUGUAUUUUUACAAUGGGAAAUGUUCAUGUGUACCACUUACUGUCCUUUGUGAUAAAACAUUUUUAUUUAUUCAUAGUGUAAAAUUGUCAGAUGUAUAGGAUUUAAAUUUAUGAACUUUUAUUAAACAG